AUGACAUCCGAACAUGACCAGACAACGCAUCUGCAAAAAGUAGCAUAUACGUGUUUGGGCAAGUACCUCCAGGAGCAUGAGGAUGAGACUAUCGAGAUUGAGAUCUUACCUCCUGCCAUACAACCGCCGGACGGUAUCUUGAUGCAAGAUGGGCUGAGUCUCGGUGUUCCGAAAAAGAUACUCGUUUUGGCUUACGUAGAAGCUCGCCAACGAUUCUUCGAGAAUAGUCAGAGUACUGAUCCCUCAGUUGUAGCUGGAACUUUACAAGCGACAAAGAUAAUGCUUCUCUUCGACCCAGAGCACAUCACGCCCGCAAACUUCCGCAAACGAGUACUCAGUCGAUUGGAAGCCGAUCAUGGUCACCAAAGUGGAACUCCGCAUCACAAGGCACUACAGCAAGAACUUUGUUUCCUGAACAGCAUUCUCACAUCUCCACUUCAUCGCCAAUCCAAGUCUCCGACUCUGUGGUACCAUCGUUGCAAGGUUGUAGACUCUCUCAUGGCCAUCGAGCUACAGAACGCAUUGAAUGAUGACAAGUCAGCCUUUUGGCGUAGGGAGCUAGAUGCUGUAUGCAAGUCUGGAGAGCAGCAUCCUAAGAACUACCAUGCUUGGCAAUAUGCUCGUAGACUCUCUGAGAAGAUUGAAAGCCCCGAUAUACUUGAAGAUUAUGCUCGUCGCGUUAGGAUCUGGUGCUGUAAACACCCAAGCGAUAUAUCCGGAUGGUCCUUCCUGAUGUACCUGCUGGCCAGGAUAGAAUCUCUGCCGCUGAAGCAAGAGGUGGUACAAGAGGUGGUUAAAUAUGCAAUAACUCUACGGUCUGAACAUGAGUCGCUAUGGGUGUUCAUACGCACGGUUUUGGCCCAAGACGUGCCCCAUGGCGAGCACUUGGCGUCUUAUCAACUGCUCCAAGCCUACACAAAAGACCUGAAAAUUACCGAAAGACCUGAGAUAGCACCUAAUGGCGUAAUUGCUGCUUUGAAGUGGAUUGAAACGAAUGCGUUAGUUGUAUAA